AUGUCUCUUCUGGGCACCAUCGGCACAUAUCUGCCCAUUGGGAUACUGAGCAUCGUGUACACCAGCCUUUUCGUCGUUGUGGAGUGGAUGAAAGUGAUGAACCGGCGGCGGGCUGUGGCAGGCGAAAUUGCCGUCGAAAGCGAAAAAAUGCGUCUUUUUUACGUUGAGGGCAACAUCGGUUGCGGAAAAUCAACGCUUUUAAAACAAUUACUAAACAUCCGUGAGUCUGUCUUAUUCGAGCCCAUCGAAAGAUGGCAAAAUGCGGAAGGUCGAAAUUUGCUGAAAGAAUUCUACACCAGCCCCGCCCUUGCGGGUGCAGAAUUUCAAAGAUUCGCCUUGCACAAUAUGAUCGCUCGAGAAAACCAGUGCAGCCCAACCAACAAUAGAUACUUCCUGGAGAGAUCCCCCUUCACAUCCACCAAUAUAUUUGCUCAGAUGGGUUUGGAAGCUGGCUGGUUAACUACAACAACAGUCUUUGAAGAUCUGAAGCACGCCUACAACCGCUACGAGCAGAGUAAACCUGUAGCUGAGCGCCAUAUCAUAUACGUUCGAACACUGCCAGAAACUGCCCUUGCCCGCAUCCGCUCCCGUGGCCGCUCCGAGGAGCUAAACAUUACGCAACAGUAUAUCGAUAGUCUCCACCAGCAACACGAGCUCCUGUUCCGCUUGCAGCCGCCUAAGGGAGUCGCUGAUGUCCAUGUAGUGAAUAACGACGGAAGCAGCGAAGCUCUUUGUGACGCAGUACUGAAGAUCGUUAACAGCUUGCCGUCACAUCAGUAA